GGAAAAUAUUACACUGGGAAUAGAAAUUUGUUAUUGGUAUGGCAGUGAGAUUUGCAGAAAGUGAUUGUAGAAUCUACUUAAUGUUGAAUAUUGUUUGAAAUAAAAUGAUAUAUAAUCACUUUUGUGAAUAGUUUUCGCAUGAUUUCAAUGGGUUUUAUUGGUUUAGUUUUCGCACCUUUGUUUUUCGGGCGAGGUAAUGAAAAUUCAAAACGGCGGUGUUUCAAAGUGAAAGCCUUUGAACAGUGAUGAACAGAAAGGCACUUUGUAUGAGCCUUUAGAUUUUUCAUACGAUUAAUUAUCAUUUGAUUCAUCAAAGCAUGCAAAAUAUCUGAUUUCAAAUCAAUGUCAAUAUUUGCAGUCGAGUAGAUUUUGGUAGAUUCCGGUAAUUAGGGGGAUUCCAGUCAUUGUAGACCUGUAUUAUCAGGGACCAAUAACACUACUGAAGGAUUGACCAUACAAUAUUAAAGUUAGGAAGGUUAGAUGGAAAUAUGUGAGAUAAGUGUUCUUCCUCUUGCCCCUGUAUGGAAGGGGAAACUUCAUGCAGCUGGCUACAGGACUGUGGAAGAUGUCACACACACACAACCGAUCUCAAUCUCUAAAGUUACAGGUCUGUCUCUAGAAGAAGUAGAAUGUGUGUUGGAGGUGGUAGAGAGAGCAAGAAAUCAGAAGGUGCGUAUGUGGACAGGAUGGGAGUUGAGGGACCGUGAGUCUGAGGGACGGGCCAUCAUGACCUUCUGCGAGCAACUUGAUGUAGCCCUUGGGGGUGGGGCAAACUGUGGCUCCCUCACUGAGAUCUGUGGUGCCCCGGGCUCUGGAAAAACACAGCUCUGCAUGCAGUUAGUGUGUGAUGUGAGGAUACCCCAUGUGUUUGGUGGGCUAGAGGGGGAGGCUGUGUACAUUGACACCCAGGGGGGUGUGGUCAUUGAAAGGCUCGUAUCCAUGGCAACGGCUACGAUCCAGCACUGUCAGCAAAUCGCUGCUGGGGAGACUGACCAAUAUGUUGUGGCAGCACUAAGUGAGAUGAGUGUUGACCGACUGUUGUCAGGGAUCCACAUCCUUAGCUGUACCACACACAUACAGCUCCUGGCCAUCAUCUCUCAACUCCCACACUUCCUUCAUGCACACAGGAAGGUCCAACUGGUGGUGGUUGACAGCAUAUCAUUCCAUUUCCGAAGCUCUUUCGAGGAUCUCUCACUGCGCACCAGGGUCCUCACCAACCUGGCUCAGUCCCUGCAGUCCUGUGCAAGGAAGUUCAAUAUAGCUGUUGUUGUAACCAACCAGAUGACUACCCGGGUGAGUGAGGACGGUGCCCGAGUGGUUCCCUGCCUGGGUGAGAGCUGGGCCCAUGCCUGCACCACUCGCCUUCUCCUGCAGGGCUCUGGAUAUGCCUUCCUCCUCAAGUCUCCAACUAAUAAGCAAACAUUGGCACACUUUCAGAUCACGGAAAGUGGAAUCCGUGAUGUGGCGUCCGACAGCAACAAUGUAUUGGAAAGAGAUGUGGACUCUACAUGUAUUGGAAAGAUGGAAGACAUGAACAUGGAAAAUCCAACAAAACGACAGAAAGUGUCCUGAUAUGACCUGUUUAACAAUAUGCAAAACUAAUUUCCCCAUAGUUUUUCUCAGUUUGCAUAUGUUGCAAUAAUGAACUUGCUUGAAGACCCAAGAAUCGCAGCGCCCGUCUGUCCUGCCAGUUUUCCAUGUUCAGUCUGUGAUUUUUUCUUGCAUGGAAGGAUUUUAAAAUUGCUUGGCACAUUUGUUCUGUGUCGAUGUGUCAUAUGCAAGACCCACGUCCCUACCUCAAUGGUCACGGUCUUAGUACAGGUGUAUCAUUAUGGAAUACUGCAUAUAUGCAUAUACAGUAUAGUCGGUCUUGUCCUGGCUGUUUCUUUGUCAUGCAUUGAGGGAUUAAAGAAUACAUCGGCACAAUUGUUCUGAAGAUAAAGGCGAUGUAUCACAUGCAAGACCUAAGACCCUACCUCAAAGUUCAAAGUAUAGUUGGUCUUGUCCAGGCUGUAACAUGGUCAUGAACGGAGGAUUUUUCAAAUUACUUGGCACAUAUGAUCAGUACAUGAAGGUCAAGGUUGCCGUGAAGCAAGCGUGCAAGCCACAAGAGCCUACUUCACAAUUCAAGGUCACUCUCAGAGUUUAAUCAUUAUGGAAUACUGCAUAAUUGUAUGCACAGGGAUUUUCAAAUGAAUUGGCACACGUGUUUGGUACGUUAAGGUGAUGUGUCAUGGGCAAGCACCCUGGCUUUACCUUAAAUUUCAAGGUCACAUAUAGACUAUAUUUAGUUGUGUACGGGCUGUAAAUUUGUGAAUAUAUUUUAAAAUUACUUGGCACAUGUGUUCGCUACAUAAAUAUGACAUGUAUGCUGAUAGUUUAUAAUAGCUGUUCCUGAAUGUAGGCAUAUAAGUAAUUGUUAAAUCCAUUGAACUGGAUGGCACUGGUGGUAUUUAACACUUACUGUGACAUCUUUUGUUACAUACUGGAUCAUUGUGAACAGUUGUAUUAUCUAAAAUCAUUGACCUUUUUGUUUAUUGUUUACCAUAAGCAUUGUUUGGCAUCAGCAGUUUUAAUAAUAUCACAUGUAAAAAUAGUGAGACAAAUUUCUUAAAUAGUUCUCUAUGCUUGAAUA